AUGGGUGAGCGCAAGGUGCUGAACAAGUACUACCCGCCGGACUUUGAUCCGGCGAAGCUGCCGCGCAUGCGGUUGGGCAAGGACCGGCAGUUCAAGGUGCGGCUGAUGGCGCCCUUCAACAUGCGCUGCAAGACGUGCGGCCACUACAUCUACAAGAGCACCAAGUUCCUGGCCAUGAAGGAAACAGUGCAGGACGAAACAUACCUGGGGCUGUACAUCUUCCGCUUCUACAUCAAGUGCCCAACAUGUUGCGCAGAGAUCACGUUCAAGACCGACCCAAAGAACUCCGACUACGUGUGCGAGCACGGCGCGACGCGAAACUUCGAAGCGUGGCGCAUGGCUGACAAGCUCGGCACCAUCGACGACGAGCUGGAGGAGGAAGAGGAGGAGAACAACCCCAUGCGCGCGUUGGAGGAGCGCACAAAGGAGUCGCGGCGAGAGAUGGACAUCCUCGACGCGCUGGAGGACAUCCGCGACCUGAAUGCGCGGGCGGCGCAGGUGGACAUUGACACGCUCGUCGCCUCGCGGCAGAAGGAGGAUGCGCAUGAGCAGCUGACGACUGAGGAGCAGUUGCGGAAAGAGGAGGACGAGGCCAUCGCCGCCGCGUUUUCCCGCGACAGGAUCGUGCGGCGCCUGGAAGAUGAGCCAUCUGAGGAGCCCUCAUUCUCUUCUUCGGCUACAAAGAACGCAAAGGCGAAGGCAAAGAAGAGCAAGAAGAACAAGGCGAGGACAACAGCAGCAUCGCCAUCGUCAUCGUCGUCAUCAUCAUUAUUAUCAUCAUCAUCAUCAGCGAAGCGGCGAGCAGCCGGAACGGCGUCGUUUGCAGAGACAGACACGGACCCAACGACCAGUAGCACAGCCACGACAACAGAUGGGGCCACCUCGACUGCCAGGAGCGGGCCAUCCUCAUCUGCAUCGAGCAAGCGGCCCAAGAUGGUGCGUGCGCAGGACAAGAAGAUUGGCACGCUAGGUGGCGGGCCACUGGCGGGGCUGGUGCGUGCAAACAAGAAGCAGCCAGACACAAAACAGCCAGAUGCACAGCAGCAGCGGGCGUCACAGCAGGGCAGUGUGGGAAGGAAGAAUGGCGGCGGUGGCCUGGGGUUGGUCGGUUACGGCUCCGAUGACUCGGAUGAUUCAAGCGACGACAGUGACUGA